CAAUCUUGUGGCUAAAUGUUUCAUUUGGUGUCAUGUGAAUUACGAUACCAGAAGACUUAUCUUUAUGCAGAAUGUGCAUGGAUUACAUCAUCUGCAAAGUUAUUAGUCCAAGCUUGUUUAUUCUUUCUUUUCAUAUUGCAGGUUGACAUGGUUAUCAUUCCCGCAACUACAGGACAGAUGGGUGUUUUGCCUGGGCAUGUUGCGACAAUUGCAGAGCUGAAGCCUGGUCUCCUAUCAGUUCACGAAGGCAACGAUGUGACCAAGUACUUUGUGAGUGGUGGGUUUGCAUUUGUUCAUGCAAAUUCAUUUGCAGAUAUAAUUGCUAUUGAAGCUGUACCACUUGACCAAAUCGAUCCCAAUUUGGUUCAAAAGGGCCUCACAGAGUUCACGCAGAAGCUAAGCACUGCAUCAACUGAUGUAGAGAAAGCUGAGGCCCAGAUUGGAGUUGAUGUACACAGCGCCCUUAAUGCUGCUCUUACCGGUUAAGCUAGUGGAUGUACAGGCUCCGUCCCUGUUCAAUUUUCUUUUUUCUUCUGUACCUGUUGGAAGCCGCAAACCAUUUAGGACAAACUGAUUUUGUUACCUGUUUUUAGUCCUGCAUCACUUGAAUAAGUGUAGGGGACAAGCUUUCCUAACAUAUAUGUGGUAGAUGCCAUAUCAUUUGUACCUCUGAACUGCAGUGAUGAGAAGUAUAUUGUUUCAAAGAAAUUUUUCGGUAGCAGCUGAAUUUCAUGCUACCUAAUGUUCA